GUAUUAGCUAAUUAAAAUUUUGUGAGGAGUUCGAGAGUGGUGUUGGGUGUGGAGUGUAAACUGUACCGGUAGUAAUUAUUUGAAUAAUGUUUCGAAAUAUUUUGUAAAAACAAAGUAACUAUAAAUAAUUUUGAAACAAAAAUUUAGUAUCUAGACGUUUUAAGGGUUAAUCUAUGUUUUAAUUUUAAUCUAAAAAUGGACACUGCGGGAGAUGUAAACACGAACGAUUACAACGUUACUGCUCUACAUAUAUUUGAUUAUUGCGGAGUUGAUGCUUCCAGCACCCUAAAAGUUGAUGUUUUGAUGGAAAAGUUCGCACCUUUCGUACAGUGUAACAAUGUUGAAUAUACCCAUCUGAAGUCGCUCCUGGAUCCAAAGCAAAAUAAUCCUGACAUAACUGUUUCAAUAUUGGCAGAAACAUUAAGUAAAUAUAGUGAGGAUCAAAAGUUUAGAGUGAACUUAGAUGAAAGUUUUAAUUUGAAGGGUGGACUAGUUCCAAAUGACUUUGACUCUGGUAUUUCUACUGAUGGUUUCCAACUAGUGGAAGAGUUACAGUGUGAGUUGAGAGAGAAGUGUCACUUGGCAAACCAACUCCGGAGUCAGCUGGAGUUUACAGACAGGCAGCAUGAAGAAGCUCUUGCUGGUAUAACAGCCGAGAGGGAUUCAUUACGGUUACAUCUUAAUAUGCUUCGUGAGGAAAACGUAACACUGAGCCAUGCACGCGGUGACUAUGAAGAAGCUUGCGAGCGGCUGUGCAGCAUUGAGGGUGCUCUGGGAGAAUCCAGGCGGGAUCUGGAUGUACAAAGGAAACAGAACAAGAUUCUCAAGGAACAGGUCACGAUGCUCGAGACUGAGAAAUUGACGCUGCAAGAUCUCCUGUCGAAAUCUAAAGAGGAAUGCCAUCGCAUCAACGAGAUGUACGCGGGCCGGCAGUCGGUGUUGCUAGAGGAGAAUGAGACCUUCCGCACAGAGAACGCCCUGCUUGUGUCCAGACUUCAGGACCAAGAGGAGUGUAUGGAACAAAUAUACAAAGAAAAGAAAAGUCUGGAGAUGGAACUAAAAAAUCUUAUGAACAAAUCCAACCAGAAUCCGUUCAGAUUGGACAAUUCCAUAGAUGUUAGUUACACGGAAGAACAGAUGUUGGCAGCGCUCGACAGUCUCAACUCAGAGACCAAGUUUUGUACUGAUAACCGUAUAUUAAACGAAGAGUCAUUCGUAAAUGCCUUAAGAGAAGAACAUGGUCGUACAAAUAAUAUUUCCCUUUUGGAUGAAAUUCGACAUAGCUUCUCUAAUAUGUCAAGAUUUAGUAUCCACGAUAUGAAUCCGCUGUUAGAAAGUUCUUUCGUUCAUAUUGCAACUCAAACAUCCGAAAGUGAUGUCUAUUUAAAUGAUUAUAAGGUUGAUAAUGUUAGUGUUGAUUCACAAACUGACAGGAUAUGUGUUGAGGCAAAAUGGACUCAAACUAUUGGCACAGUCAAAAACUUGCCACUAGUGAAAAGAAACAUGGCUCGUGUUGGCAAACCCAGAUUUAUGAAGAACAAAAACACGAUGCAUUCUAAUAUGCAAACAGACGAACUUGAACCCAAGUACAAUAAUGAAACCAUGGUCCAUUCCUGUAUGCAAACAGAUUGUUAUGAAUUUAAGACCAAUAAUAAAAACACCAUGCAUUCUUGCAUGCAAGCAGACGAAUGCGAACUUAAGACCAAUAUUAAAAAUACUGUGGAUUCUUGUAUGCAAAAAGACGAUUUUCUACUUAAGACCAAUAUUAAAAAUACUGUGGAUUCUUGUAUGCAAAAAGACGAUUUUCUACUUAAGAUCAAUAUUAAAAAUACGAUGGAUUCUUGUAUGCAAACAGACGAUUUUGUACUUAAGACCAAUAAUAAAAACACGGCGGAUUCUUGUCUGCAAACAGAGGAUUUCGAACUUAGGACUAAUAUUAAAAAUACGGUUCAUUUUAGUAUGCAAACAGACGAUUUUGAACUUAAUACCAAUACUAAAAACACGGUAGAUUCUUUUAUGCAAACAGAUGAUUUUGAUCUCAAUGAAAUCACGGAGCAUGUUUGCCUGCAAACAGACAAUAUUGAACUCAAGAUCAAUAAUAAUAAUGAUGAAACUUGCAAAGAAUGUACGAAGUGUUUCGAGUGUGAGAAGCCUAAUGAAUAUGUAACUAAAUCGAAAAGUGACUUACAAACUUCACGCAACACGAGUUUUGAUUUGGAGAAGUACGAAAAAAAUUUGGAUAUAUUAAAAAAUACCGUCUACGAAGAAAACGAGCAAAACGCAAUCUUAAAACAAAUCGUCGAAUAUUUAAAAUCGAAGUUAGAGUCAUUGGAAAAGUCGUGUCUUAUUCAAGAAGAGAUUAUAAAUAGAGUAUACUGUGAAAAGUGUUGCGUUGAAGUGCAAACAGUUUGUGAACAAGUAUCUGUAUCGUCUCAAACAGAUUUUGGUUGUUCUGAAUGUGUGAAACGUAGCAAGCCCCUUCCAAGACUUAAGCGUUUGCUUUGGGAGCCGCUGAAGUGUCUUUUCCAGCUGUUUGCGGUGAUCUGCUUCAUAUUCGCCGUUAGUGUACUGUACGGGGUAACACGUCGCUGGCACGCGCGCUGUGGACCCACUGUUCCCUGGGGAUGGCUCCAGCCGCAGGACUUCAUCGACCUGCUGUUCCACAUCGAGCACCUCUCCGAUUCGGCGCCCAUGUAGAAUUUAUUAAGUGAAAAGAUGGAUCCUUUGCACAGGAUGCGAGAUUGUGGGUGCUUAACGGCGCUUAUUUCUGUCGUGAAGCAGUGAUGUGUAAGCAUUACUGUGUUCCGGUCUGGGCAAAUGAGACUUAACAUCUUGUGCCUCAAGGUGACGAGCGGAAUUGUAGUGCCGCUCAGAAUUUUUGGGUUUUUCAAGAAUCCUGAGUGGUACUGUAUUUUAAUGGGCAGGGCGUUUCAAUAACCAACAGCUGAACGUCCUGCUCGUCUCGUCCCUUAUUUUCAUAAAAAAAAUCACACACAGGAACAGUAGAACUAGCUGAGUGGAAACAUUUCGGAGAACCAAUAUGUUAUGUUAGUUAGCCUGCAUGUUUUGCUUUUAUCCGAAUAUGUGUUUUAAGAGCUUUAUGCCAAUAUUAUUUUGUAGUCAUUAAAAAUAUUUCGAGAUAUACUUUAUUUUCAGUUCAUUUCUUAUCUACAUCUUUUUACCUGCUUUAGUCGGUUAUGUUUUUGUCAAGUUAUUAAAGAGGUUUCUUUUAAAUUCCUAAAAAUUAUCCAUAACUUGAUUGAAUUGGCAAAUGUUACUUUUGUGUUUUCUCAUAUACAGUACUAUUAUUCUUCUAGUUGAUAGCGAAUUUGAAAAAAAGUGGGAAAGGUAUAAUACGAAAUUUAUAUAAAAAUAAAAUCGAUAUGUUUGUUAAUAUAAUUAUAGUCUUCUCUCAUCUAUUUACGUUAGGAGCAAUAAAAUUAAGUGUAUUUAAUAAAAAUAUUGUGAUAUCCAGUGCCAGUGUUAAUUUUUAAGUUAGCUUAAGAUAGUUAAUUUUUAAAUAUAUUUUACUGUAAUACAUCACAGCAAUACCCUGUUAUACACAAAGAGAUAUCAUUUUUUAUAAUAUAAAGGUGCGUACACACUGGUGAAACGUAACUACGAACCUCCCGCGUCCGCGAGCGCGCCCCUUUGUGUUCGUUCGAAAAACCAACAAAUCACGGGUCGCUCCGCGCGCGGCUUUUAAUAAUAAUAAUUCUUUAUUUGCAUAAUGUGUGUAUACAAGUUAACAAAAUAAUUCUAUACGAAUCAAAACAUUAGCCAAAAAGGGCAUGCAAAUUACAUUACCUCCAUGUCAUUAUAUAAUAAUAAAAUUCUAAGAUUACAGCACAUAAUAUUUCAUUGUUACAUUAUAUUAGCAUCUACACAAAAUAUACAUGUCAUAUACAUAUUAUGUAGUCAAAGUGAGACACAAGAUUAUAAAAAAAGAAAAUCACAAAUUUAAAAAGUCGGAUACAGCAUAAAAAUUGUAACUAAAAUAGCCAUUGAUAUAAUUGCGUUUUAAAAGGACCGAUAUUCAACAAUGCUCGUAGCGUGCGUGUAAAAUGCUAGUUUUGCGUACACAAGACGUCCAAACUGUCAGAAAUUGUUACAAAGUGAUACCUUUCAUGAUACAUUGCAGCGUUGUUUACGGCGAAUUCUUUCAUUUCAUGAUAUAUUUGGACGAAGUUCCUGAAAAACGUUCUAAGCCACAAACAUCACAUUUUAAGGAAUUCGUGUUUAAAGUUUAAUAAAUAUUAGUGUUUUCCAUACAUGUGGGUGCCAUUUUUUGUCAGUCCGUUAAUAUGAAUCACGCGUCCAGUUUUGUGUUCUUAACUCAAUUUCGACAUGAUUGUGGUUUGGAACGAUUCGUGCAUUUCAUGUUACGUUUCACCAAUCUGUACGCACCUUAAUAAAAUAAAAUAAAAAUGUUAUAUUUUACUACAAUGCAUGACAGCAAUAUACUGUUGUACCAAUUAAUAAUAAACAAAAGUGAAAACCGAAUAAAUACCUAAAUCUUCAAUAUGACAACUACAAUAAUUAUCUUUGUGCAGAAAAAGGGUAUAUUAAAAAAACUUUCUUGUGAGACUUAUAGAGACUUAUGUAUACAAUUUUUAAGACUCAAUUGAAUUUUAUAUUGAUGAUUAUAAAUUAAAAUAAGUAAUAUUUUAUGUUUGAUAAUAAUUCACAGUUAAUAGUAAUCGGAGCACCAGAAAUUAUUUGCGAAUUUAAUAGUAUCGGAAUUGUGAUUUUUGAGUUGUGAUUGAAUAUUCUUAUUUUAUUGUUUGCUUUGCUAUUUGUAUUAUUUUUUUUGUGUCUAGAAUAUUAUUUUUGGAAAACCGUUAUGGCUACUAGUUACUCUAUAUUUAUUAUAAAAUCGUAUACAAAAUAGGUUAUUUUAUAAUGGCAUCACUCCAAUAUUAUCUACUUAAAUUUGAUCUUAAAAUAUAACAAGUUACGAUAAUAUAGUUUAGCCGUGUGAAUCACUAUAUAGGCGUUUAGACCUCUUUAACACACUAUUUUAAUUGUGCACUGGGGACGAAAAAACACAUACGUUGUGUUUUAAUACUAAACCACCAAAUUAAAUACAUUUUAAUAAGUAGACGGUUUCAAAAUGCAUUUUAGCGUUUAGAUCAAAAUCGAAAAUAAAAUUUAGACUAUAUUUUUAACCAAAUAUUUAUAUUAAAUAUUUUAUACCAAAAAUUUGUUUAAGUUUCGAACGAGUGAGUUUUAAAUUUUUAUAUUGUAACUAAAGCAUUUGUUGGUGCAUUUAUUAACCUAGAUACUUAUAUAGCUUUUGCAAGUAUAAUUUGAUAAACGUGUAAAAUAAUAUUAUAAUUUUAAUGUACAGCCAACAUCGUAAUUGUAGCAUGAUUAAAAUAAAUUAUAAGUUUAUA